AGUGACUAUGAUUAUUGGCUUCAUAUUGCGUAAAGCAUAUGUUGUUGUUGUGUAGUGGUGUUAGUUUUGUUUUAAGUUGCUAUUUUUAGGUAAUAUAUUUUGCCCUACGCCUCUACAAUGCAACAAGUUUACAAUGGAGAUUACAGGAAAGCGCCGGGCAAGCGGAUAUUUCUAAGCCAGCACGAAGAAGAUGAAAACAAAGUAAAAGACUCCGCGCAUAUACUAAAAUCCAACGAGACAAAAAGUUUGUUGGAAUUUAUCCAUAAAGACAUUAUCGGUAAUGGUGUUGCAUAUGAUGGCCCUUUUGGUAAGAGAAAAUUAGUCUAUUGCGAUUAUAUAGCGACUGGAAGGGCAUUGGAAUCGAUUGAAACUUAUAUAAAGGAAAACGUCUUACCUUGGUAUGGAAACGUUCAUACAACCACCUCUGUGACGUCACACCAGUCGACAUUGUUUCAAAAUGAGUCGAGAUUAAUGGUUCGUAACUUUGUGCGUGCUAGUGAACAUGAUGCUGUUAUAUUUACUGGUAACGGUGUGACUGGUGCGGUUCAUAAACUUAUUAGUGGUUUACAUUUCAUUAAACCUGUGGUUGUGUUUGUUGGUCCUUAUGAACACCAUUCUAAUCUACUGCCUUGGAGGGAAAUUGCUUGUAAAGUAAUUCGUAUAUCAGAAACCAUAAAAGGGGAAGUGAAUAUUGAACAUUUAGAUGCAGCUUUAAUGGCAUGGAAGGAAACAAAUUAUCAUUUAAUCGGUUGUUUUUCCGCUGCUUCUAAUAUAACAGGGAUUAUCACAAACGUUGAUAUGGUUUCUUCAACCCUGCAUAAACAUGGGGCUUUUGCGUUCUGGGAUUACGCAACAGCUGGGCCUUAUGUGGACAUUGAUAUGCACCCAACAUAUCAAGGCUCGUCAAAAGAUGCCGUGUUUAUUUCCGCACAUAAGUUUGUUGGUGGUGUGGAUUGCCCAGGGAUUCUCGUUGCUAGUAAAAGUUUGUUCAAGAAUCCUGUUCCCUCUGGUUCUGGUGGAGGCUCCGUGUUUUUUGUUUCCGAUAAAAGUCAUCGAUAUUUGCAAGAUAUUGAGAUGAGAGAAGAAGGGGGAACACCAAGGUUGGUUGGGAUCGUGCGCGCUGCGAUGGCUAUGCAGAUGAAACACACAGUAGGGAUGGAAAAUAUAUUAAACGAAGAGAAGAGAUUGUAUAAUAAAGCUAUGGCUGUUUGGGAAAAGUGUUCAAACUUACAUAUACUUGGUAGUCCACAAGUGUCUGUAAAUAAUCGUUUGGCUGUGUUUUCCUUUCUAGUAUAUCACCCAGAGUCUUCUCUAUAUUUACACCACAACUUCGUAACUGCAGUGUUGAAUGAUUUGUUUGGAAUCCAAGCCAGAGGUGGUUGUGCAUGUGCCGGACCUUAUGCACAAGAUUUAUUGGGCAUUGAUGAUAAAACUGUAUUAGAAUUUGAAGCAGCUUUGUUAGAGGACAGUAGAUUGAACCGCACUCACCUAAGAAGGCAGGAGGAAUGUUCUUCGACUGAGGUUUUACGACCAGGCUUUGUGAGGAUCAGCCUCCCAUAUUUCUGCAGUGAAGUUGAAGCUGAUUUUAUAAUAAAUGCGGUUGCAAUGGUGUCUAAAUAUGCAUGGAAGCUUCUGCCACUUUAUAUGUUUAACCCAGAGACGGGGCAGUGGAAACAUAACAAACAUAAAGUCUUCACACAGAGGCAGUGGAUUGGGGAUGUAAAGUUUACCGGGUCUGGCAUGAAGAUUAAUCCUCGCGUUGAAAAACGAGUUUCAUCUGACUCCAUUUUAAACGAAAAUGAGAUUUUGGAAUUUGCUGAAGAGUUGUUUCAAAAUCCUGUUAGAAAUGAAAACCUGCCAGACCAGCGAUUGAUAUUUCCUGAAAAUGUUCGCCAUUUAUGUUGGUUCCUAUUGCCCUCUGAUGCGUUACAGAUGCAACUGAAAUCAAAGCAGAUUGAAAGGAAACUUCAUUGCCCCGUUAAAGUAAGAACAACCAUUAAGGAAUUAACGAAAGAUGAGAUUAGUCAACUUGUUAAAGUACCUGAGAAUUUUGUUCAUCAAAUUAAUGAAUCAGAAACAAUGAUUCGCAAACAAGUUGUAAAUAUCAAAACUAUUUCAACUGAAAAACCCAAACCUGUGGUGACCAUUAAUGGCAAUGCUAAAACUACAAAUGAAAAUACUAUUACUUGUAAUGUGAAGGUUAUGCCUUCUACAUUAAUCAAUGCUUGUCCAGUUCCUAAGCCUAAAGCAACCCGCCCAGUAGCGAAGGUUGCUUUCCCCUCUGUGCCUAAAAAUCUGUUCAAGCUUUCUAUAAAAGCAAUCAAUGAUUUCAAGAUGAUAAAAGACAAGGAUAAGGUCCUUGUUUGCUUAUCUGGUGGGAAAGAUUCAUUAUCAAUGCUUCAUGUGCUGCACCAGUACCAAUACCAAGCUGGAAGUAACAACAUUCAUUUUGAGCUCGGAGCUGUUACGAUUGAUCCAAUGAAUCCAUCGUUUGACCCUUCCCCUCUUAUUCCUUACAUGAAGUCACUUAAUAUCGAGUACUUCUAUGAAAAACAAGGGAUUAUGGACCAAGCUACGAGUGUCAAUGCCAGCUCUGUUUGUUCCUUCUGUUCUCGUAUGAAACGUGGUCGAAUAUACGCAGCAGCUCGAAGGGAAGGAUGGAACGUGUUGGCAUUUGCUCAUCAUCUGGAUGACUUAGCUGAAACUUUCUUAAUGUCCGCCUUCCAUAAUGGUUUACUACACACAAUGAAAGCACAUUACACGAUAAAGGAAGGCGACUUACGAGUAAUUCGUCCGUUUAUUUACGUUCGUGAAACCGAAACUCGAAAAUUUGCCGAAACAGCUUUAUUACCAGUGAUCCCAGAAAACUGCCCUGCUUGUUUCGAAGCUCCUAAAGAACGUCAUCGAGUGAAACAGUUGUUGGCUUCCCAGGAGAUUCUUCAUCCUCGAAUGUUCUUUAGUUUAAGAGAAGCAUUAUACCCUCUGAUGGGAAAUAGUAAAAAUUUUGACCAAAAUCCAGACACUCUUGUUUCUUUGUUUAAAAAAGUUAAUGUAUUGGACAAUGAAUAAGGUUUUCUGUUCCCUUUGUUGGAAUUCACUAAACAGUAAACAUAUAUAUUAGGUGCCAAACUUUUUAAAAUGGGAGGGGGGGGGGGGGAGUUAGUUAAACGAAUAUUUCCAUGAAACAAACUUAACUUAUUGAUUUACUGAUUGAUUUAUACAAUGCAGAAAUCUUUUAGCCUGGCUGCCACCCCAGGUUUGGUGCCUAUGUACGUGGUUCAAAUUAUGUGGGCGUUUUAUUUAAGGGGUCUUUUAUAGCAUAGGCAAUAACGCAAUACUUUAACUUUUUAAAUGUUUUGAAUUUAAUCUUGUCAGUGUCAAUUAUGCUAGCUCUGGUUUUACAUUUUUUAAAUAAUGUGUUUUUAUUCGGAUAAGUUAAUGGUAAAGUUGUAAGGAUUAUCAAUGCUUUUAAUGUCUACACAUGUCAUAUUGGUUUAAAAUCGACCCAUUUCUUACCAUUUCUAUUUAUUCCAUAAAAACCUCAG